AUGUUUCGUGAAUUAGAGGCUCUCCACCAAUGGUAUACGUGGAAGACUGAGCUCGGUAAGACCUACAAGGACAGCUACGAGGAGGAUCUGCGCAGAAGCAUAUUUAUGGCUAAUAUGCGAUUCAUCGAGGAACAUAAUAACCGAUUUCAGCAAGACCUGGAAACAUACGCCAUGGCAGCCAAUCAAUUCACCGAUCUUACUCCGCGAGAGUUUUCGGCCCUGUAUCUGCACAAAAUGCAGACACUGCUACCGCCCGCUGCGUUACAGCGUCCUCGAAUCAGCCUCCGACUUGAGGACCUGCCAGCCCAGGUGGACUGGCGCAACAUGGGUGCGGUAACACCGGUGAAGGACCAGGUAUUUCAAGGUUUACUUUGGCAGCUUUCCCUUAAAAGGCUCCGUAUUUAGGAUUUGUGAUUACUUAAGUUUCUACUUUAAACUGAACUGAAAUGACUCUCUCUCAAAAAUUGCCUUAAAGGCAGUCAUAGGCGAUAUAAGUAAAGGUUCAAUUGGGCUAUCAUUUUACUGAUCCGGAGAACUGAACUGUAACUUGCUAGCGCGUAGAAAAGAGGUCGGAGACAGUCGGAGGAAGUAUCCGUGUGGUUAUCGACAUCUCGUGGAUGCGCCUUGGAAGGACUGACUGAAAAUGUAGAUCCACAGUAGGUAAAAUCUCGUUUCCCUACGGUAGACCUAGCAGUCUCUCUAAAAAUACCUUACUUAUUUUAAAUAGGCCCGUUUGUUACCAUUAUAGCCAUAUUUUUACCAAUAGGGAGACUUGAGUGGCUGACAGCUCUUCGCACCCAAGUGUCUUGUGCGUAUUUAAAAACCCACGCUGUGUAUUAACGAGGCAUCUAGAAACCGGACUCCAUCCUCUUGUCUGGAUUUUCGGUCGAAGUAUACUUUUCCCCUCCCCUGAAAAACAUUCGUUUUAGCAAGGCGCGGUAGGGUUAAAAAGAACCUUUGCAUGCGUCUUCAGUCACUCACACUGAAAACCAGUAUCAAGUGCAGCUUGGAAACAUUACAUUAGAAAGCGUCAGUCAUGCUGCUUUCAGAAACAGCAAAGUUGUCUAUGGUCUGUCAGUCAGACUGAGGUCAUAAAUUUUUUUAGAGGCAUCAGCAGUGUAUUUAAAGUAAAUCCCCGCCCAUCUACUUUGCAUAGCGAUAACUUAUGGUCACUGCUGGUGCAGCAGUCAAGACACUUGCGAAUGAACAGGCCGAUUCCGAGAUGGGCAACGCAUACUCUUUGAAAUGCCCCAUGUCUGUUACGAAAGGUGCCUGCUUUCCCCAAUGUAUUUUGAAUCGCAGCUUUCAAUGUCAUCUCAGACCCUCAGAUGGGCGCGGAGUGAUAUAAAUUCUACUUGUUUGAUUUCAGUAGACAGUUUUAUUACAUUGGUCGCGCGAUGUAAUGCCCUUGACAGCACAGGUACUGCCUUUCGGCAAUUUACUAAUACUGCGCGGUUAUUCCGCAGUUGAUGAUGGACUUCAACCCACAUACUCAUUUAAAAUUUCAUGCUGAGUCCACAAGUCUCAAAUGGAUUGAUUUAGCCCAACUUAAAGGAUGAAAUUUUUAUUACAAAUUUUUAGGGAGCCUGUGGAUCUUGCUGGGCGUUUUCGGCGACUGGAGCGGUGGAAGGCCAACUGAAGUUGCAAAAAGACGAGUUGAUCAGUUUAUCAGAACAACAGCUGGUGGACUGCAGUUGGCCGGAAGGCAAUGAAGGCUGUAAUGGCGGCUUGAUGGUCCAAGCUUUUGAAUAUUUCCUCCAUCACGGCAGUGAGUCUGAAGCCGCUUACCCCUACAUGGCCAGGGUAAGUCUGAAUUGGUUCUUUUCGUAUCAUGUCGUACGUGUUGACAUUCGAACGCUGAAAAAUGCAUGGAAGAUUUUCAUGGAAAUUCAGGAAUUACCACUGAAAUCCUUAAAUAUGCCUCCAGGAAGAUUAUAAAAACUGAUUUAAAGUAGGCGGAUAUAUCAUGGUAAGUUGACUUUGCACAGAGGAUCUUCACGCUCACCUACUAAUCGCUCUAGGACAACAUAGAUACCUUUCAUCACAUAUAUAAAGAGUUCUUUGAUGCAUAAAAGAGUGGUUAAUUGUCUUAGGAUGCAAUAACAUGGCACAUAUUCCGUUUGGUCAUCCUAGGAGGAAUACAGUAUUUUCGUAUUCUGGCUUUUGGAGGCAUUGAAGGAAUUUUUACAAGUCGCUCCUCGCAGUUCAGAGGUCAUAGAGCGAUUGUUUGAAUGCCUUUGCAAUCUCCCGUCGGGGGAUUUAUUGAGCCUCCUUUUUAAGAAUGACAAAUGCUCCAACCACACCAAAAUGUAAGUAUUUUUUGAACGUCUGUUCAUGCCAACAUACAGUAGGUGGGCUAACUCAUGAAAUGCCAACCGAAAUUCCGAAAUGCGCUUUUAUUUCGAAAAGCUUAUUUAAGUAGUGUUGUAAAACUAGUCAGCCUGCAACGUACUUCUAGAAUAUUUCAUUUACCCCGGGAUUCCAGUUUUCGAAUGAACUUCAUUCCGGCUGCAUGCAAAAACUACACUCAGCAAAAAGUGACUACUUCAGUAGCAUGAAUUUUUCUCAUUGUUUUUCGAUGCCUUUAAAAAUUCAAUUAUUUUUCAUAGAAAACAUGCACAAAACUAUUCAUUCCUUUGUUCAUUCGGUAGGCAAUUACAGUGUGUGACCGAUCAUAUGAAAUGUUGACGAAAUUCUGAAAUGUGCUUUCGAUUAGGAAGGAUUACUUAAGUGGGGUUGUAAUAUUGAUUAGCAUGCAACAUUGUCCUAUAGCAUUUCGGACUCACCAGGAUGUCAGCUUUUGGAUGCACUCAUUUCUGGUCUCUUGCAGAAACCGCGGUCUGCAAAAAUGACGACUUAAUUAGCAUGCGUUUUUAGUAUUGAUUUUCGAUGUUCUUACAAAUUCAAAGAUAUUUUAUCGAAAACGUGCACAAAAUAUGCCUUAUUUUGCUCGUUCGGUAGAAAAUCACACCGUCUUCAUAUUUAUGGCCCGAAGAAAGUGUAUAUUUCGGUUUUAAAAAAGUUCCUGUUUGUGAGUUUUUCAAGACCUUGCGAUGUCCAUAUACACAACAUCGUACACGUCCGUUUACCAAGGCUUCUCAUGAAAUGUACAACGCAAUAUAAGGUGACUUCUUAAAGGCGUAGAGGAAUGUAUGAUUACCCUUAAGCGGAAAGCAUGCAUCUUGUAAAAUGAAAUCGCUAAACGCUAAUGCAAUGACAGAUCUGGCUUAAAAGUAUUUGGGAAUUGGAAAACUUGUUCAAAAUCAAAAUACACACUGUCUUCGGGUCUAACAUAUGAAGAUGGUGUGAUUUUAUACUGAACGAGUAAAAUAAGGCAUACUUUGUGCACGUUUUCUAUAAAAUAUCUUCGAAUUUGUAAGACAAUCGAAAAUCAAUACGAAAAUCGCAUGCUACUUAAGUAGUCAUUUUUGCCGAUCGCGUUUCUACAGGAGACCAGAAAGGAGUGCAUCCGAAAGCCGACGUCCUGGUGAGUCCGAAAUACUAAGGAUUGUGUUGCAUGCUAAUCAGUAUGACAACCCCACCUAAGUACUCCUUCCUAAUCAAAAACACAUUUCAGAAUUUCGGCCAACAUUUCAUGUGAUCGGUCACGCACUGUACGUCUUCUUUAAAUCUUAUGCUCAAAAGGAGAGUAUAAUUCGGUUUUCAAAAACCUUUCCAAUUCCCGAAUAAUUUUGAACCCACUCUACCGUUUCACGUGGAUUCAGGGUUUCCAAACUACGAGCCGUAUAUUUUCUGCGUACGGAGAACCACACAUUUCUCUAUGGUAAUAAAGGGAAACCAUAUACGGUUCAUAAAAUUUAACAGCGAAUUUGAUCAGUAGUGUUGACUUUACAAACCACAUCGGUAAAUACAGAGACAUGACGAUUUAUGAACCGUCAUUUCACGGUAUUUAAAAGUCCCUGAAUUAGACAUUUUUUAAAACCGAAUUAUGUCUCUCGUUCGGGUAUAAAAUUAGAAGAAGACGCAAUUUUCUACCGAAUGAGCAAAAUAAUGAAUAUUUUUAUGCAUGUUUUGAUGAAAGAUAAUUGGACUUCCAGGCGCAUCGAAAAUCAGUAAGGAAAAUUCAUGCUCCUUCCGCUCCUUUUGACUGAGCGUAGUUUUUGCAUGCAGCCGGACUGAAGUUCAUUCGAAAGCCGGCAUCCUGGGGUAACUGAAAUUUUAUAGAAUUGUGUUGCAGGCUGAUUAGUUCUAUAGCCCUACUUAAUUGAUCAUUUCGAUACGAAAAUGCAUUUCGGAAUUUCGGUUGACAUUGAACCCACUGUAGGAAGAAGGGGAAAAUAGCUGUGGAGGAAUAUGUAAUAGGUGAUGGAACUAAUGAACUACGCGUAAGCUAACGUAAAACGUCAAAAUAAACGUAGACUGAUUUAUAUGCAUAAGUCAAAUCUCCCACUUAAUGUUAAAUGACUUUCACUCAAACGUAAAGAUAAUGGAAGUGUUGAAAAUGAUACUGCAUGAACAAAAAUGACGUUUUCUCCGGAAAAUCUGAAAAGCCGAAUGGUCAACUAUUCGUAUAAAUGUUCAAAAACUAUUUACAUAAGUACGUAAAUCCUGCCCAUGAAACCGAAUGAGAAAAUUACACAGCUCUCAAAAGUCUCCUUACACUCGUUAAGUAAAUAUCCUCCAGGAAUUAUUGUAACCUGCAGUGUGACAGUUAACUGUGUUCUGAAAUGGCAUUGCUAAAGUUCAAUUGGUAUAUAGCUGGCUGAUGACUGUAUAUAAACGGGAAAUGCAAUUCUGCCGUCCCUGUCUUUGUCCGUGCCGGUGGAUGCGCUUCCGUUACAGCCGGGUACACAGGCCGUGUGCGUGGUUACUCAGUGACUUGUGUCAUCCUUCUUUUUCUGACCCACUUUUGUUGUUGGUUAAAAUUCUGGCCAAGUGCUUGUUGUGAACCAGAAGGCAUGGCGAUAUUCCUAGAUGCGGGUCCGGUCAUGCCAGACGCCUGCGCCCUCUCUUGCCUCCUGUAUUCUCGACUCUGUCUUGACACUGGGCCCAGAUGGGAGAGGGGGAGAGAGUGCGGUAGAUGCUUUGCAAGUCCACUGCCGCUAUGAGUUAAUUUACGCGACACUUCGGUAGCUCCAGGGGGCGUAUGGAUACGCUUUCCGUUUGUGUUUAGUAACGCACUUUAGAAAAUCAACAGCGUAACUUAGGCAUUUCACAUGAAAGGGAUUGCGCGAAAAACCACUGUUUUAUUACUGACCUACCUUUCUAGUCCACCAAACGGAAGUGGAACAGUUAACUCGUGGUAGAUAGAAACAUGCGAAAAUCAUUUAAAAGUCUUUAGAAGAGUGUAGGAGAAUCGUUAAUCGUUAUGUCACGAUAAUUUCUUGGAAACUAGAUGUCUUAAUCCUCGUUGCACGGACUGAUAUUGAAGCAUCAGUAGAUAGGCAGAACGUCGGAUGCAGGCAAAUCGAGGAUUACUGAGAUCAAGUUAUUUCAUGGGACGUGUUGACUGCCCAGAUAGUUAAGAUACCAUCGUAUUCUGAAUCCUGGCAAACUUUGGUAAUUGGGCCACAACUUUUCCCUCUAUUUCCCUAGGAAAACUCCUCAGUUUUAGCCCAGGAAAUGGAUUGCUCGACAAAGUGAAACUUAUUCGUCCAUCCGCGCUAUUUAGUGGAGUUUUCUACCGACUGCAUUCCUAUAUCCUUUAGGCAGCAUAAGUUAAUUGCUCGGCUCGAUGGUACUGAAAUCUACCGUAAAAAAAGUUUUAUCGAAACGAAUAGGAGCAUUGGAAUGGCCGUUUCUGGUUCACCUGCUUUCAUCAGUCAACCAUACGUCAACUGUAGUUUGUGCACCUACGAGUUGAAUCCAAUGACCCUGUUUUUGUCGACAGAACUUCUCGGUUAUUGGUUGUUACUUGCAGUGGGGUGACUGCCUAAGUGUGUUGUAGGUGCAUGGCUUUAAGGCAAAAUGGGCCUGCCUAUUUCUGUCUUGCAAGUCGAGUAUAUCAAUAAAUAAUGAUAUUUCUACUUUUGCCUACAUUGACCCAUGGUGUUUGAGGAACUUUUUGUUGAAAAAUUUACCUAUAUCAUGAUAAAGUUGUCUUCUAUUUCGCAACUCCCUUGACCCUAGAAUUCUCAAUGUCAGUACCGCCAGUCAGAAGUGGUUGCAAAUGUGCUGGGCUACGAGACCAUAGAAGAAGGCAAUGAGACGGCUCUGAUGGAGGCUGUUGCCAUAACUGGACCGAUCUCCGUGGCUAUUAAUGCUGGCUUGCCGGGUUUCAUGUUUUAUAGGUAAGUAAGGCGCGCAGAUAACUGAUGGCACCUACGUCAACCAACUAAAUCGCCUUCAUCUCAGUUCCGAAUGGGUGUGUUUUUGUGGACUGCGAACUGCAGGAAGUAGUAUGAUUUCAUUGUUUCUGAAAGCGGCUGGCACAACUGUAUGCCUCGCAAAAUCUCGAGGCAGUUAAGAUUGUGCACUGUCGAAUAUUUUGGGAUGCGGAUGAUGAAAGACAGCCUUCUGGAAGCCCUCUUGAGUGGAAUGAAUCGCGUGAAAUGAAAGGGAAAUCGGAGUGAACAGUUUGUGCCAAUAAAGGCCAAUAAUGGUUCCUGGCAUUUUUUCAGUUAGAAAAAAUUAAGCCAAACCAAUUUCCAUUAAAAUGCAACCGAUUGUUAGAUACUGAUAUCGAGGAAAAUAGGCCACUGUUAAACCUGCAGGUAGGGUGUGAUAAGUGAGUACGAUCAGUGGGGAUUUGAAAUCAUGUAGGAAUACCCCACCUUUCCAGGAAUGGCGAUGACUGAUAGGAUUCAUAGGUUCGGCUUCCCGACUAAAUAAACAUUACUAUUUGUGAAGUACAACGAUUUUAGUAGCUUAUUUACUAUGAUUACACAAGGACGUCCACUCAUUCCUGAAAGAAAUGACAGAACGAACAAUACGUCCAAAAAUUACGUUCUCUUAAGACCUUGUAUUCGAAAACUUAAAACAAUUUCCCACAUUAGACGUUCGGUAAUGCAAAUAUUUUGCUGCAUAAUGAACAUUUCGCAAGAGUUCAAGGUUUACCGAUUAUUCCGUUUCAUGCCCUUCUUAAUGUUUCUGAAACUAUAAAUACUGACACCGAGGAAUCAGCGGAACAACCAGCAGUGGGUUAACGAAACCCAAGAAUAGUAGGCCAUACGUGUGUUCACUUGAAGGAUACAAGGGAUCACUGGUCUGUGAGUCUCUUAGACUAGAAGCUUCCCUUCAUUAAAGCGAUACAUCUUAAUGGGCGGUUUCUGCCCACGAGAUGAUUGUUUGCCGACAUAGGCACUCUCAGUCGUUUCGAGGAAAAGUGUUUAAUCGCAUACAAUCAACGACGACCACCUGCAGACUGCAUUUUUAACGUUGCGAGGUCGUGGUAGAUGAUGGGAAAGAUUGCCAACUGAAAGUCGGAAUACCGGAUUAAAUGGGACGAAAUGUUUACUCGAGUAUUACUAUCAACCCAAAAGUAUAUCAGACAAUAAGAACAUACUACCGAUGAGGAGUAGGAAAACUGAGAUCGCCGUUUCUAACUUAGAUGCAGUGAGUCAGAGGUUUGGCGCCAUACUGUCGAGCUCAAGUGAGCGGUAACUCGAACCUUGUAUACCCUUGGCCUUGGGUUGGAGAAAGGUCCACUUACGACGGAAAAAUAAGUCAGGAAUGUCCACUGCAGUCUCUCUCACCUUUUUCGAUGAUGCUUCUUUAUCAUUGCCCGCUCAACGGGGACAGCCUAUAAGGCCAAUAGUACAAGCCCCCAAUACAUGACGGAAUGCCCUUAUUUCUUUCCAAAAUCGGUGAAGGCUCCACCUAUGGGAUUUUGAAUGCGUAAGGAUUUCAGUCAAUGAGUUGCGACGUGUACUGUGUGUGUGCAGCACAGAGAGCUUAUGUUCCCGUCAGCAUUCUAGCCGGUGGUAUCAUCAAACGCCUUCAAAUAACCAGCAAUACAGCAACAUAGCGGGCAGUUUUGUUAACAUGUUCUUGACUUUGGGAGACAGAAAAGUGAAUUAUUAGAUGGAACACUUCUCUCUUUCAGUCACGGUGUAUACUCCAGCAGGCACUGUAACCCUCGCUACCUGGAUCAUGCGGUUCUGGCCAUUGGCUACGGCGACUUGGAUGGCCAACCUUACUGGCUCGUGAAAAACAGUUGGGGUGAUGGCUGGGGUAUGGAGGGCUAUAUUCUUAUGGCUAAAGAUUCCCAUAAUAUGUGUGGAAUCGCCAGCAUGGCCAGCUAUCCAAUCCUCUGAACCUCUUACUGGAUUUCUACGAUCAAAAAGUAGGAACAUCCUCAUUUUUCCAGCACUUUUCCCGAAAAUAAUCAAACAAUAAUCUCCGACUGUUCUCAGAACAAUGAUUCUAUAAUAAAAGGGAUUCUUAUCUGCUGUCAGUGUAGUGUCCACUUUUUCCUUCUGCUAAUGCCAUUGAAAUGACAAGAAAGAAAACAACAGUUUCAGCAUUACCCAGAACUCCACACGCAGGGUUUGGCAAUCGACGUUUGGGAGAAGUCUCGAGUACAACGGGCAUAGUUGAGAGUCAGUCAACCAAUAUGGCUCUCGAUACAAGGGAACUGCCGACAAUGGCAUUCGUUUGCCUGCGUAUUUUUCAGAGAAUUAUCACUACGCUUCAGGUGAUAAACACUUUAGCAAAGCACUCGAGAAGUUAAUUCGCAUAUAUUAAUCGAUACGGUAAAUCCGGUUCCAAACGCCCGUGUUCGUAUUCUGCACUGCACAUGGAGUAGCAGUGAAAUUUGUUUUGUUAUGUUUCUAAUAACAGUAAGGGUCAAGAGUCCCAACGCAUUCCGGCCGACUUUAGGCUGCCAAAUAACGUGACUGCGAGGAGUUCGGCUAAUCCAAGGGUCCUUUGACGUACCGCGAGCCAGUGUUUAAUUAGAAACCUAAAAUAAGUCCACGAAAACUUAUGCACUGAACCUCAACAUGAAGGGAGCGCAAGCCUUACUCGAAACCGCAAGAAGACUAGAUAAAAGAAACCGUUCGAAUGAAGUUGAACUAGCCCAACACGCUCCUCCCAAGGGAGGGAAAGUUGUUCAAAAACCUCUCUGUUAAUGUUUCUUUCUGCCAAACAGUGAACAGGGUCGCCUGUUCGAAAACGCUUUCAUUGGGAUUCGGAAACAGGGGAGCUCGAUGCGUUGUUUUCACGAAUUCCGCUCAGAGUUCCCAGUCUCCAGUAGCUUUUGGUCUGUCCUGUUAGCGACCCGUGCAUGUUCCCUCGCACAAAAUCAGGGGCAUAACCCGUCUAAAGGCUGUGUGUUGGAACCCGACAAAUCUGAUGCUCCCUCCACACCUCCAGCUUGCUCGGCAGCUCCGGUUCCAGUCUUGUCAUAACUUGACUUGUAUAGUCCCGGAAGCAGUUCAAUCUUGAAACCUAGUGGGUAUGGUCAGAUUUCUUAAAGGCAUUGGAACGCGUUUGGUUCUGAUCUAUCACUCCGAGUGGGUCCAUUGAAAGCGCUGGCACUAGCCCUUCUGCAAGGCCCUCUGUCCCCUCACAAGCCUGUUUGGUGGAAGUGGAGAAUGUAGAAGUUCUGGUGAACGCUUAUUUUCAGGUUCUCGUGUUGGAGUACGCAAACAUAGCCUUGUGAAAUCCUGAGAAUAACUACUGCAUAUUUGUCGAGCCCCUAGCCCACAAUUAACUCGAGGUUCCUCUCGUUAGCGGCGGAUAUGAUUAUUUGAAUUACUUGCAGGGUUUUGAAAACAAUGUUAAUUGCAAAAUUCGAAACCGAAUGCAAUAGUUGGCAAAUUUUCAAAAAACAUUGGUCGAGAAUAUAUGCGGUACACUGUCCUUAACAUAUUUUUAACAAGGCAGCAUUCGUGAGGAAAGCAGGUUUUACUGAUGUUUGAAAUCUUUGCAAACUCGCCUUCGACUGCCAACGGUCUUUAUCGUUUAUUGAUGCGAAAAGGGAAAUGUGUAAGAUGAUAACCUUAGGGGGAGACGGUAAGAUGACUGGAUUGGAGGUCGGGGCGACAGCGUGAUCGGCUUCGGGACUGAAUGUUUACCGCUGACUCAAGUGUUGUUUAGACCCUUUAGUAUAACUUCACUGCCAGGCGAACCCAGAGUUAGACACGUGAUCUAACAAAGCACUCAUCGUUGGCUUCCCCUUAUGAUUUGCAACGGUGCACAAUGGUGAAGCACCUUAAUUUUCCCACAUGGUAACCCUUUAUUACAACUUCCCGUGGACAGGAGCAUGGACGUUAUCACUCUAGAGGAUUUCACAAGUCCUACAGGUAUCCCCUAAUUCAUGCUCCUAUAUUCCAUUACGCAGUAACUCAAACAAGGAAAGCUGGUCAACGGAGCACUUCGAUGAGCUCACUCCGAUAGAUUUAUAGCGUUGGAUGGAGGCGGAAGCAAACAGAUGGGCGUGAAAACUGCAUGAAACUGUAACUUAGAACAGACAGUCGAAAGUCAUUCCCGUUCAUCUCAGCAUUCCAUACCCAGUUCGGAUUUUAAGUUGCAGACGAAAUGAGUGUAUAUUUGUCAUCUUGGCAGAUGCGAUUAUUAGAUAAUGAGACUCUAAGCGCCCCUUGUUCAUAGUCACGUCUUGUAUGAUACCCAAGUGUGGAAGGGAUCUAAAACGUUAAACUAGAAAGAGAGAGAAGACGCGCGCACACAGUGAAGAAGUUGAAGCCUAAGAAAUAAGUUUACACAGAGUGGUAUUACAAUAUGUAGUUGAGUCGUUUCAGACGAUGCCCGUCGUGUACUCCACAACAUGUUGUGAGCGGGACAGUGAAUUGUAGGGGAAUUAGUUUAAAGUGACAUUAGCAUUGCGAUGCACUUACCACACUAUCUCCUCCCCGCCUGGGCCUGGGGCAUGACAAAGUUGAGAAGACCGAAAGCGGGAGAAAGCGCCGGCGACUGACAGGGCGAAACUCGCACCUAAGCAUGGCAACACACCUCAUGGUCCAAAAUGUAAACUGCCCAGGGAACAGCUCGGAUUCUAACUGAGUGAGUGUGCCAUAAAGGCCACAUAAGGCAGUAGCCGCGGGGGCCUUACUCGCCGACCUCCAAGGAGGACCGAGCUUUGCCGUUACUUGAAAGUCCCCCGAGCCAUGGAAUCAGACUGUUUAUAGUGAGGAAUAUGCGCUAAGACCGUCGACCACACUUACUUUUCACUCCCGCUCACCAGUCUUCCGCCCGAGCCGGUAUGCUGGCUGAUGCGAUGAAUGGGAAAGGUGGCUGACAGGGCUAGAGAGCCCGUCUGUACGUUCCACAUGCAAAACCUGACGCCAAAAUGCACGCACCAGAAGUAAAUAUAAAGGAUAUCACACAUGUGAGAGCGCAGUAAAGAUGGAGUCAUCGCAGUCCAACUCUCAUUUCGUCAGUUAGUCAACAUACAAACACAUGCAGGACUGACUACGUGGUCUGAUUUGAAACGUCAGUUGGCAACCUUCGAAGCCGCAUCUUUUAAUGUGCCAGAUUUUUUAUAGUAAGGAUUUAUACGCUGAAAGUCGUCACCACUCCAUCGACCCCGUCCAGUUAACUGCCCCAACCGGUCGGUCAAGGGAUUCUGAAGUUGAAAGAGGUGGCUGAUAGAGAUAAGUAUAACUCGUCUGCGAGUCUCAUACACACGGCCUGACCUCCCAUGCGUACACACUGGUAUUUUGUACCAGGGGAAGACUGCUUUAUUCUCAGGUGAUAGAGAAGCCAUAUGCAGAAGUAGCCGAAGAACGUCCUUCUAACUUGCGUGAGUGUGGUUAAAUUGUGUGACUUUACAGGUGCUCAUGUGUAAUGCAUGUGUUGAUGGGGAACUGUGUGGUGAUGCAAUCGUGUCUGCGGCGAUUUACCACAAAUUUUUGUAGAGACGCAUGUGACUGAGUACUUCCGUGUGAUGGCUGAAUGUACAAGGGCAAUGCGGGUAACUGAGGCGAUGGCGGCGGGUGUAUGUUGGUGCUCCAGGCACUGGCUCACCUGUCUCUGCGCGAUGGAUUCGCAAGUGACCGACCAGACCUGUGCGUGAUGUGCAUGUGCGGUGAUAGUAUGGGCAGGCUAGCUUGGGAACUGGUGGGUCGGUUGGGGUUCCUACACUAUAAAGGGUUAACGGUGCUGGUGGAUGGCGUGUUGAAAGGGCUGGUGACGGAAAUGUUUUUAGGUGUGCAAGGUGUGCUAGGGGUUUCGUCAUUGCAACACUGCUGUUGUUAGUGAUGGGGGCGUUGGGAAAUGGAGAAACGAUUAGGCUGGGGGUGGUUGAUGUGCAAGUUGUGUUAGACGUAUUGAUACUGCCGUCCAUUCCGAUGUUGUGGAUGCACAUGUGACCGAAUACACCCAUGUGGUGAAUGAAUGUAGUGAACAGUGGAGACAGUUAACAUGAAUGCGGCGAGUGUAUGUUAGUGCGCCAGACACCAGUUCUCCAGCUUCUAUGCGAUGGAUUCGCAAUUGACUGAUCAGGCCGAUGAGUGAGGAGAGUGAACAACAUCAAGUAAGACAGGUCGAGAUCGAGUCCCCAUCGCUGGUGAUGGAGGCGAUGGUGGUGAUGGUAGUGGUCGAAGAGGAGUUGGAAACGUUCUCACCAGUAGCGUAGGGGGAAAAUCUGGUAGUCGUCGCAGGGACUGUGCUAAAGAUGAUGGACGUUACGGUGAUCGACGUCAACGGGGCAUCAAGAGUGUGAUCAUCCGUAGUGGGGACCAUCGUCGCGGGCGUUGUGGGGAUCGGUCCAGGGGUAAAAUUGGGGGUGCUCUAAGAGGCAGCAUUUGGGCUCGUUUUAUUGUUUUAGGACGGGGUCCGGCGAUGGCCAAUGAGGUCGAUCCGCACGGAAAAGCCGUUGGCAGCAUGAACAUAGUGGAAGAGGUUAGGUGUUGUUGUUCUGGAUCGGAGGCGCCUGGGACUUGGAAGCAGCUGUUUCGGAUUUGAGAGCAGUUAUUAGAUUAGCCUCAUAUAUUGCUGCCCCGGUUCUUGCGGCUGUCCUCCAGACCGGCCGGUUCUGCGAGACGUCUUCCCAAGUCUUCUGGUUGAUUUCUAGUCGCUCCAAGGAAUUCUUCAAGAUAUCCUUGCGUUGACGGGUUUGAACAGCGAAAUCUCUAUAGAAGGGUCGUCCAGGUAGUCAUUCAUCCUCCAUCCCCACGAGGCGGCUGCUCCGGCGCAGUCGCGGUUGCCUCACUACGACGUGGAUGCUAAGGAUUCUGGUCCAUUCCAAAGCUUCCAUCUCAGGGAUCCUGUCUUGCCAACGCAGCUUUGGUAUUCUGGGGGGACAGCUGGGGUGGGAGUGAUUCAAUUUCCGCCCUUAUUCCUCGUAGGCUCUCCAAGUCUAAGAUCAUUACAGCGGCGUCAACAAGAUGACAGCUUUGUGCAUGUCCAGUUUGGUGUUAGGACGAAAAAGUGUCGUUUCCAUAUUGUGAUCUGCAGCCGACCGAAGACCCAGGUGGCUUCGUAGAUACGGUGAAUAAAUUCGUCGUCCAUUUUGAUGUGUCAAGGUCGAUGUGUCAUUGGAGGCCGUAUGCGCCGUGAUGAUGGCGAAUUUGGCACCGAAGAGGCAAAAACAGGGUAUCAAGACGUCGAACGUCAGCAGUGAGAUAGAACCCGGUAAAGGACGGAAAGCAACCGCUGAACUUGUGCAUCAAGGAGAAACUUUCUUUACAAAGUAACUCAUCAGAGGCAUUUAUAUUAUGAAUAGUUGAGAGUUCAACAAUCAUGGACUCAUGGUUAAAAGCCCCAACGCAUAGUGCAGUUUUGAACCUGUGGAGGUUCUUGCGAAAAACAUAAAUAUGCAUAACUGUGCAGUUACUAAGUCCAUGAUUUUGCAUGGAACUCUGACGUAACAGUUCACUCGAAUUUAAAAUAAGAUAACUUCGGGAUAGUGGCACUGAGAGACCAGUAUUAAUGGGGUAGGUAUAGGGUUGCGGAUUUGAGAACGGAGAUCAUGACGAUCAUGUUAGAUGUCUUCAAACUGACUUUCAGGCCUCGUGAAUCAAUAAACCCAGCAACAACGAAAUGACAGUUCUGUGUAAUCACGUCAAAAAGGCUAUUCAUAGGAGGAAGACAGCGCUCAGGGGGUGCAUAAUUAACCUGUUCUAUUCUGUUCUAUAUAAGCAUGUCGUUUCCUUUAUUUUGUAACGGCUGUCAUGUGAGUCUUAUCUUCGGUGGGCGCUUAUCCGACUGAUAAUUUGCCACUCCUCUGAUAGCACAUGCUCCUAUCCCAUGGGCCGAGCCAGACUGGGAUGGAUGGGACCAUGGCCCGGUACCAAGUCGUUCGUCCUCUCCCCUUAGAGCGACCUACCCCGUAUUGGUUCGCCAAAUGCUAAGCCAUUCUGCUUUCACUUUGAAGUGAUUCAAACACAAGUAACCGUAUUUCACCCACCAGGCUGUGGAGCACGCUGUGAAUAUCGUGUAGCGGUUAAGCGGUGAUGGUGUACGCUCAGUACGCCACAACUUCAGGUUAUAUCCCAAGUUGUUAGAAGCAGGACGCCAUUUGGUUAGGACACUUUGUUCUGUACAGAAUAAUGAAGGGGAAAGUUGGCAACUGGACGAGGAUGUGUCCGGCACCGCGGAGGCAGCGUCUGCGAGAGCGACGAGCACUGCGUCGCCGAAGGUCGCCGCUGCAGAUUGUUUACACUAGUGGUCUGGCAGCGCCCGCCAAUGUACCAAUCAGCGAGAGGAGGAACGUUGAUUGGCUCCGAGCCCACACGAGGGUAGUGACAAGCCUCUCAUGGUGCAGGCAGAUAAUCGACCAGGUGCGUGUCGCAGACGGUGAAUUGCAACGAAAACAAUCGGAGCCGGGCAGACGUGCGUGCCACAGCAGGCUGUCACUAGGACUUAGAUGCAGGCGUUAGCGAGAGGCGCGACGUAGCCAUUAUGGCUGUCCACUACAAUCGUUGUCGUAUGGUGGUCAAAUUGUCAUAUUGGAUGUUCCCUCAAUCGAUGGCACAAUAGAAGGAAAUUCCCCCGUCUACCAUGAGUGUAUACAUUGCUUUUACUCCUUUCAAUGAUGACAGUGGAAAUGGAGAGUGAGAUUAUUGUCUACUCUAGCCGGACCUGAACGUACCAACGUCCAGUCCCGGGUGAUAAUGCUGAGGCUGUCCAGUGGUCAUAUUAAUUGCAAAGUGGACAGGGAAUAUUCACGAAGAGUUAGCAGACUUCGCAAAAUCUAAAUGUCACGAAUGACAUAAGGAGGUCACGUAUCUAAGCGAUUUUUCGAACGCGAGGAAACCAACGUUUUGUAAGAAACAUUUAAAGGAGAGGAAUUUCAUUAGUAUAAGUAGCGAUGAGCCUAUACACUGUCUGCAAGGCGCCUGAUCUUGUCGAGAAUCCGCGGGCAAUAAUCAUGUGUUGACAUAGUCUUUGUGGGAAUCCAGGAUCAUACGGUGACCAGAGUACUCUUGAGGGAAUUCCUCUGAAUGGAUUGACGCACAGUGUUUCAGGAAUGUGUGUUUGCUAUGUAAACCCCAAAGUAAGCCAAGAAAUGGAAGACUGAUUAGAAAUGACUUCUAAGACGUCUCUGGCUGUUUGAAUGCUGUAGUGCUCAUCAUCCUUCGGCAUUUAUGUCCCGUGCGUCACCCUUAUUAAUAGCAACGGUCCCCGCACUCAAUUUAAAGUUUUUUACCUAGAUUCAAGAUGAUGCUUUCUAUUCCAAUCGUUUUGUUGUACUAUGCCCUGCUCUUGGUCAAUCCCAUGCCCGCUAAGUUUAUUUUGCCCUCUUUCCACUAACAGUAGGUUGCCCCAUUCUUCGAUAGCGUGCAUUACUAUACUUUCCAUCGUCCAGCGCCCCACUACAUAUGGUAUUGCGUAAUGUAGGUUUACUUCUCUUACAGAUCUUAGUAGGGAGAUGGCUAUCACUUUACCGCGUGAGUUCUUGGCGCCAAACCAGAUCAAUAAUGCACUUGUAGUGUAAGCUGCCCAACAGUGCUAAGUACCGAAACCCUUUUAUUCGACACCCUCCCCACCCUAAGAACGUAAGACAGUGAUCUGAGAGGAAGGUUGGGGAUUAGUUAGGCUGACAGGAAUACGGAUGGUAGUUUGGACAAGAAAGGCAACAUGGGGAGGUCCUUUUGGGGGUGGACUAGUUGGCCUGGAGAUGGUGUUUGGUUGAUCCCUCAAGCGAGAACGGGGAUAAAGUGUGGAGACGUUGGGGAGGCGUUCUCCGGUCCAGGGUGCCCCAACAUCACUUGUCCUCGGUAGUUAUGGGACCUCCAGACGAUCCCGGUAGAUUUAACGUGAUCGAUGCUGUAAACUGUCGUGUAUGUCAGUCUUGAGGUGUCCAAUCAGGUUAAAGUUGGAAGAUGGCUACUGCGGCGCUUUGUUGCCAGUGUAUUUUAGUGGCCGACAACGAACACGUUAGCACACACACUUAUAAAGGGUUCCCGCUGUUGCUACCUGGCCCACGAGAAAACUGAACUGAGUUGGAAAGCAUCACACCAAGACGCACAUGCCGUGAGCGUCAAAAAGUGCCAUAUAUAGGAAGAGUAUUUUAAAAUAAUGAUCGUGUAAACGUGUAGAAAGGGUACAAUGCAAUAUAAAAAAGGCGUUACAUCCGGGGUGGGGGAGUAUUCUGUUGUGUCCGCUAGAUCACAGGUGAUGAGUGUGGCGCUGGAGGCAGCUGUGGAGGAGGGACGUGGGGAUGCUGAAUUUAUGGAAAUGAGAACGCGAGACGAUCCAAGACGAAAAUAACCGUGGAUACGACUGUAAACAGCCAAGAAUGGAAGGGGCACCGGCAUCUUUCCGACACUCCAUCACGCCAUCUUCAUCCUGAAUGGGCGCCUAAGUGUACUUCACUCCAGUUAAACAGCCUGUUCAGGCCGUGGUGCGUCACAGGUUAACCGGCAACGCGCUAGGAAACUAGCAUUACUAAGCCAUGACUACAUAUCUACAUUGGAACACUUUCGGCACUGAAGUUGAAUUUUCACCAGUAGUCGGUUUUAUCGUUAUCCGAAUCAUCGUUUUAGUCAUCUGGUUGCGUUGAACUGCAUAUUUCCUUAUUUAAGGAGCAAAGUUAUAACCGUGUCUGGAAGUAUUCAGAACCCCUGUAUUUUUUUGAAGCAUGUGAUUGAUUACUUUUUUUCAAAUAUCAUGUCGAAAAUUCGGUUGGCUGCAAUCACGUUCAGCGGAAAUACCUCGUAACUCUCACACCUGACUACAAUUGUAAGAAAUUAAUUUCUUACGAAAACUUGGUUAAAAGCCUACGUAAAUAACUGGGUAAAGUGGGGCUUUAUUUUCGCAUUCUGACUAACCCCAGGGACUAACGUUAGGGCAGUGUUGUUAUCAGGGUCGGUGAUAAACCAGCAGUGGAUGAUAUGGGGUAUUGUAGUCAUUAGUUUGUUGUAUGCAUUGUAGAACUUACUGAACUUGAAGUUGGUGGUCACUUACGAACGCGUCAACCACGUCUGCCUAUGUCGACUGCAGCUGUCAUGAUGGCUUCAGUGGGCACUUAGUUAUGUCCACGUACGUACCGCUUUCUUCGGCCUGAACUUAAGUUCGAAUUCCUAUGCCGUUCACUCCCGUUUCAGGAAGAAGAGCUUGUGAGAAGUGAAUUAACUUGUUUUGGUGAAUAGGAUCUAAUCACCAGCAACUUUUUCGCGACUGAAUACUCCUGACUGAAACGCACUAUCGUACGCUUUGAUAGCCAUCAGGCUAUGGCAUUUAGUCGCCGAGGGCUAGACAUUUGCUAACCCCUUUGACUUGCGAAAUAGCGCAGGACUAGCAACCUAAUUGGCUGACAGCGCCCGAUAUGUGCGAGUAAGGGAGCUUUUCUGCUACACCCCCUCCUUGAUGCUCACCCGAGUGCACUUUGCACAUCACGCCGGAGAUGUCCCUUUGCGCGUACGCACGAAUGCCCUUUGUUUAGAAUUUAGGCGCCUGUCCGGUGACUUAACUCGCCUUAGGCUACAACGCCCUCAACUCACCCGAGAAGGCGCGUCAACUUACUGUCCCCGUGUGGACAGUGUUCGCCAAGAUUGCUGAAAACGUCCACUCAAUCGCAACAUUAGCCCGCGACCGGGCUAUCCGUGGGCGAGUAGAAUGCUAUCAGGGGCGUUAGCGAAAGAGCAGUGUGUCUACAUUUAUUUUCGUGUGAAAUGUGAAUAGUGCUCACUUCCACUUCGGGAUAUUUCUCCACCACAUUUUCAGUAACUCUUCGAAGUACGUCCCUCAGGAGCUUGCAGGCACCCACCCUUCGAAAUUCAAUGUCGAACAAUGAUUUGGGGGAUCAUGCUUUAUGACACCUUCCACCAGACCCAUAAUGCCGUGAAUAUUGUGCAUCAUUUGGCCCUUGCCACUAAGGUCUGUGAAGAAUCCAUUAAGCACCUUCAAUAGGGCAUCACGGCGAGUAACAGCCAGCAACUCGUGCUACAGGGAAGGCAUCUUGUCGAAGCAACCAGUGGCACAAAGUCCAUUUAAAGGCAUUUCUAGGUGACCUUUCGAAAUAUGAAGCUGAGGUGAGUGCAAACAUUCCACACUUAGAAGCGUUGACUCUUCGGCACCACUUGGUUUGACUUCGUAAGGCAGACAGCUAUCGUCGGACACCAAACGCACAUUUGUAUAUCGGCCCCCAACCCGGGUGUAUGAUGUUCUUGCAAUGACUGCAUCUAGUUCGUAAUCUAAGGGGUAGCAUUACCAAUCCUGGUUAAGGGACAACAAGGUAUCAGAAUAACGGAGAACCGUGUAUCCUAUGUAGUUCAUUAGAUGCAGACAAGAAGUUGGCAUCAGCCAUAAGCUUUGGCCACGUAUAGAUGCUCAGUUUUAUCCGACAAAUCUCUGUAUGCCCAGCACCAUGUGCACAGAAUUUUUCAUUAUGCUUAUGAAAAGCCGGAGACCGUGCAUUUCAAACGGUGCCCGAUAUUAUGACGUAAACUUGUCUCCGUAGUAAUUGAAAAUCAUACCUCUCAUCGCACAUUUUGUAUUUGACCUUCAAACUUACUGGUUUCCUCUUUCCAUUGUAAAUACCUGUUGCAUGUUCACCAGUGUUGAUUGAUUCGGCCACGAUAAGUAGGGUAGACAAGAAGUCAACACUGGGUUUGGGAUGCGGCGGAGUCUCACAUCCCAAACUGCACAGUUAUUCCCUUUGAGUUUGCUUGCAUUAUUGCCUAUCGUAUCCGUCAGCUGUCGUGUUGAGCCUACUUAAGCGUACUUCCCUUCGUCUAUCGUAUGACGUCAGCUACAUCUUCAGUCUACAGAACUUUUAUGGUUUGUGGCCGUACCAGCUCCAGUCGCUUUAGAACCUGCCAAGAUAUGCUUGCGACAUUUGGGAUUUAGGCUGUACGUCACAGCCCGCCACCUUAACUUUUCCCUCCACGGUCAGCUAUCCAUCCCACAGCUCCUGAUAGAUGCAUUCCAAUGCAGUUCCAAGGAGAUAGUGUGUUCUGCAUCCGCGAGCAUGUAAUAGCGGCUUUCGUCAUCGUUUUUAUACAUCAGGUAACCUGUUGGCCUAGCCGUUGGAUACCCAACGCGUUCAUGGAUGGCGGAUAGUGGAACGGUCUUCCGUGAAGAGUAACAGCAAAGUGGGCAGGCUCUUCGGCUUAGCGAAAAAACAUUCGCAGACCAUCACUGAUAUUGCUAUCAGGGCGCAAAGUGCUGAUGUCUGGCUCGUCCACGCUUGCCAAAAGCGAGGUCUUGAAAGUUAGUACUGGUGGCCAGACAAUCAUGGUGCUGCAAAAAUUUGCUGAACAAAGUGCCUCAUCGUAUUACUCCGGUCUUGGCUGUCGGUUUCUCGUAGGGUUCCGUAACAUAGUAUGCGACUCCUGUCAUUCCGUAGGGCGCAACUUUGCCAGAGCUCGUAUUCGCAGUGUGUUCAGGCCCCUUAUUUCGCCUCUAGUUGCAAACCUUGGUAAAAAUGGGCGCCUGAACCUCCCCCCCCCCUUAACGGAUAUCCGUUUCCUGGCCGGAUAACAGGGAAACUCUCAGACCCACAACUCUUAUGUUUAUAGCCAAGUUUUAGGAAAAAUCCUAGUGACUUAUAAGUCGCCUUGAACUUCUGGCCGCAUAAAUGCACAGGUUUCAUCUAUUGAUAAGGCGCUGAAGCGUCUUACAUGGACGAAAUAACCGCCAGAAUUCCCGACACCAUCUGAACCAACCGUCACCAAGAUCUAUGGGUAGUCCAAAAACCCGAAGUACCAUUGCGACCGGUAGUAUCACUAAUCGGUGCACCAAAUUACGGCAUUUCAAAGUGGAUAUUCCACCAGACCUGCCCACGCACGAGGGAUUUUCAGACUUCCAUCAAGAACUUUAUACAGCUUCUAGAGAAACUGAGAGGAAUCACAGUUUCCACUGAUUAGGUAAUGGUCUCCUUCGGUGUCGUUUCUUCGCUCGCAUCCAUAUCACUAGAUUUACCAAGGUUAUUCACAGAGGCACACCUACGGCCCUCUGACGAAUGUUCCCGCAGUGGCCCUACUAAGACGAUAUACGUUUGCCAAGAAACCAGCUUUUGUUCGAUUACCAAUACUAUCAACUAAAGGGACCUCCUAUGGGGUCACCUGUAUCUGACUUUCUUGCCGAAGUAACAACACAGAAACUGGGAUCUACGGCUUCUCGGUUAGUAAACCCCAAGUUGCGGCCACAAUAUGUAGGCGACACAUUUGUUGUCGUUAAAAAAGACCAAUUGGAAACGCUCCACAACAUCACAGACCUAAACAUUCCGAGUUAAGCUCAUACUCGAGAAACAGGUCAACAGUAACCUCAAAUUUUGGAUGUUCUCGUACAGCGUAGGACUGAUGGGAUAUUGCACUCUUCUGUUUACGCAAGCAAAACUUAUGCGGAUGUCAUUGCACAUUAUAACAACAACCCAAUCUAUCGCAGGCGGAGAACCGUCAACAGUCUGCCUAACCGAGCAAAAACACAUUGUUCUGACGAAGAAAGGCGCCCAAGUCGAGCUAAAAUACCUUUUUGAAUUAGUUUCCUGGAGUGGUUACCCUUGAGAAUCUAUACUUCAAUGCAUGAGACAACAGCAUUUAACAGAAAAAGAGCUAGAUAGUUUCAAUCGGACGCCCGAAGCAAAUACUUAGUGAAUCCUUCCGUACACUAAGAAUGUGUCUGAGUUCGUUGCAAGACGCCUGGGGAGACACCAAACACUAAUGACGAACAGACUGACUUCUUUACGUAUUCGGCUUGCACACCCUGAGGAUAGGGUUAGUUAUCUUGAUAGAAAGGAAGUCGUCUACAAGAUCCUAUGCGUUGCCUGCGAUGCCGCACAUUAUGGCCAAACAGAAAAUCUCCCUCAACACGCACCUACGAGCAUGAACUGGCGGUUAGGAGGCGAAAUCAUCCGUCUCAAAUGGCCGUGCAUACCCUAUAUACCGGGCACACCUUCGCCUGCGACAAAACUCGCGUCUGCCCUAACAAAGAGGCUGACUCUCUCGAAGCCAUUCACUCAGAUGGAUCAUGUACCAAUCAGCGCACUGAGGUGGAUGUCGCGUACAAAAAUCUCAAAGGAAAUGGAAGAGGAGAACCAGCCGAUACAUAAUAAGGCAGACGGCGACUGCUUACUGGUCCCAGCAGACCUGAAUCUUAACUGUUUUGACACCUUUGCUCGACGUCUGACAACCUGGGCAUUCAGCGUCGAAAAGUUGUCUAACAAAGUUUCCCACUUUUCCCCCAAGAACGUAUCCGACUUCAUAUUAACCCAAUCGUGGGGCUCACGGCACUGCAUGCACUGUCAAAGCCCUCACCAGUCACCAUGUGUUCGUCGCUUACUGGGAAAGAUGUACCGCGUUACUGCACAACUUUCCUAAUUAUUUUUAGGUGUCAAAUCUUUAGACAUCUAUAAAGCGUCUGUACAAGCCACCACUUUGUUAAUGAACAUUUAUGCUCCUCCUAAAAGGAGGAUUAGUAAUCUGAAGACUGGUUUCAUGCACAAUAUGAAAUCUCGUUGAUUACCCGUGCUAUUCCAUUAAGAGGCGUCUCAGCAGCUGACGUUUCAGAUUCAUUCCCAAACGCAUCCCCAGAUGCUAGUGAACACAUGAGAUGUCAAGUCCGUGCCCCAUCAAAGGUUUCCUUCUCAGCUGUUUCACGGAACUUGCCUUUUCGCGUGCGCCGUACUAGUCGUUAGUUUAGAAUCCUUGUCUUUACGGCAGAUAGGACCCGCAUUUCACUGUCAAUAAAACUCCCCUUUCUCUUUUAUAGAUGGUCGGAACGACUGGAUUCCAGCAUCAGAGAAUUACGGUGAAUCCCCCCGAAAAAGGUAG